CCUAUUGUUACAAAGCAACCAGUGGCUUCGGAUAGGCAAUCCUCCGCCAGCAUACUCUGCUUACUACUGGAGUUACCCCUCCUGUCAUACUCACGUGUUUUGGUGAGAGUAACGCGUUGCGGUUUCCUACCUACUUAAAAGGGCGUCGUGCUUGCUCCAUUCAUUUCUCUUUCUCAUCUUCAAGUCAAUCUUCCAGCAUCAAUCAGAGUCUAGCAGUUCCAUACACCUCAAUCAAUCUCUGUACUUGUCUUGUCAGACUACUCUCUUCCAUUCGCUUCACAUCAACCUCAAAAAGCGGUACAGCUUCGACAGCCAACCGUCAAAAUGCCAAUCGACCACACUUCUCUCCCUGUCCAGAACUUCGAAGCCUCAAAGGCUUUCUACACCGAGAUCUUGAAGCCUUUGACCUAUGGGAUUUUCAUGGAGUUUCCAGGAAAUGCCGUCGGUUAUGCGCCAAAGGGUGGCCGCUCCGAUUUCUGGAUUUCUGCCCCAUCGAAGGGAAAGGAGAAUCAGAACGGUAAUCUGAACGUCACGCAUGUCGCGUUUGCAGGAAACAGCAAGGCGCAGGUUGAUGAGUUCCAUGCAAAUGCUUUGAAGGCAGGAGCGAAGUGCAAUGGUCCACCAGGAUUCCGACCUCAGUACCAUGAAAAGUACUACGGAGCUUUUAUCCUCGACCCUGAUGGAAACAACGUCGAAUGCGUGUAUUUUGAUUUGUAGAUCUGUGCAUCUGCAAUUUCGAUGGUGGAGUUUUGGCGAACCGGUGGAUGAGGGCGUGACAGUCGCUGGAUUUAGGAGAUUGGGUUUGGGUCAAGAGAGAUUCAAGGAGUCUAUUCAACGCAGUCAUUGUGUGUCAAUAUUAGAGAGAAAAUGGACGGGGCUCAUUUUCAAGCAGUUCUAGCAUCUUCGCAAUAAUCUACUGCCCACAUUCCC